AUGGAUGAAAUAGAAUACAAGUUAAAAACGAAAAAUAAUGUAUUAAUAGUAAAUGCUAUCGAUAAGUUAAUUUCUAUCAUAAAAUCGAAGUAUAAGCCGGCUGAAAGGCAGAGAUUCGUUUUAGAGAAUGAAGAACUCAAAUUCUUACGAGAAAAAUGCAUGUCAGAAAAUACUUUUGUCAGUCUUACUGCAUACCAAGGCCUUUUGGCUUUAGUAGAGCUAGGAGUUCUUGAGAUUGGACACACUAUGUCCACCGUCAUAACCUUACUUCCAAGUGCUCAUUUGAAAUCUUUUCAGAAAUUACUCUGCAACUAUAUCGACAAUGGCAGGGCUCUUAGUUUUGGACCUUCGCUCACGUCUUAUACCAGGGCAGCCUUAUAA